AUGGACCAUCCCGUUUCGAAAAUUUUAAGAAAGCCUGGUUUUGCCGGUCCGAUGGACGGUUGGGCGGUGAAGGUGUCAGAAUUCGGCCUACGUUACAACCCAAGAGGAUUUGUCAAAGGACAACACUUGGCAGACUUCGAAGUGGAAUUACCCCAAACCACUCCCAAUUUUGAGUGGAACUUGUUCGUGGACGGGGCGUCUGGUCAAGCGGGUGGCGGUGUCGGGGUUGUAGUAAAAGGACCCAACGAAUUCCUCUUAGAGCACUCCCUGGUGUUCAAAUUCAAAACCUCGAACAAUCAGGCGAAGUACGAAGCACUAGUGGCGGAAUUGGAACUUGCAAAGGACAUGGGCGUACGAUGGGUGACAUGUCGAACGGAUUCAUAUGGCAAGGAGAAGGGAAAACUCACCGCUGUCAUCCGGCGGGUGUUGACGGGGCCUUCGGUAGAAUACCUAGCAGCACCCAUCAUAGACGACAAUAAUUGGAAACAGGAGAUCGUACGACUUAUGAAAGAGAAGGACACCGAACAAUUAAUCCGCCCAGCGGACGCGCGAAAGAUUGCUCAGUACGUCAUCAUAAGCGGGGAUCUCUACAGAAGGGGAUUCUCCACCCCUCUCCUCAAAUGCCUUUCGGAGCGCGAGGCACAAUAUAUGUUGGAUGAGCUACACAACGGAGUUUGCGACUUUCAUACCGGACGAAAGACUCUGAAAGAUAGGGCUAUCAAGUGGGGAAAGGACAUCGUCGGCCCUUUCCCACCUGGACGGGCCCAAAAGAAGUUCCUCCUCGUCGCCAUCGACUAUUUUACCAAGUGGGUGGAGGCGGAAGCCUUGGUGACAAUCACAACCCAACAGGUGCAGAAGUUUGUCUUGAAAUUGAUUAAACACGUCACCAGUUCCAUGGAGCAUCCGCAAACAAACGGUCAAGUAGAGGCGAUCAACAAAACCAUCGUGGCUGAGUUGGAAAGAAGACUAGGUGAGAGGAAAGGAGCUUGGGUGGACGAAUUACCUGAAGUCUUAUGGGCAUACCGGUGCACCCUACACGGGACGACCGGUGAAACGUCUUUCAACCUCAACUACGACACUGAUGCCAUGCCUGUGGAGGUAGGAGAGUCAUCUUUACGACGAAAAUUGGAGGACGAUCAAUUAAACGAAAGAGAACUGAGGGUGGAGUUAGACACCCUAGAGGAACGACGAGAAUCAGCGAUUGUGUGA